AUGAUAGCUGUGAGUACCUCGUCUCAUUUUCCUCCUCCACUUCGUUCCCUCUCUUUUCUCCCUCCUGUCGUUCCCUCCCUCCCCACCCCUCCCCCCACACCCCCUCCUUCCCCCACCCUCUCCCCCACCCCUCCCUCCUCUCUUUUCCCCUCUGACCCUCCUCCCCGCCCUCCUCGUCCACAACAGAAAGCGUGCGCCAAGCGCGGCCGGGUGGUGCGCACGGAUCCCGACGCGACGGACGACUCGUCGGAGGACGAGAGCUGCAGCCCCGCCUCCAAGCGGUGGGUGAAGCCCGCCGCGCCGCAGGUGUUUAUCACGCACGGCGUCGAUUCUGAGAGCGACAACGAGACGAACGUCACGACACCGGGGAGCGCCACUACCACCGUCGCCCCGUGCGGCCUCGCUACUACUCCGUUCGUCCCUCCGCCUUUCACGCCGAACUACCCGCCGAAUCAGCCGCUGCAGUACAUGCACCAAUUCGUCCCCGCUUCUGGCGCGUACGCUUAUAAUCCCUAUUUUCAAUAUGCCGCGCCGCCGGCCAAACUGGCGGGUAGCUGUCAGAAGCGAAGGUCGCCUCCGUCGCCGCCGUCUCAAGCUGCUUCUACCGCCGCAGCCGCCGCCGCAACUGCCGCCGCCGCAGGUGCCUCAAGCCCUGCCGGUGCCGCCGCUGCUGGCGCGGCUGCGGCGUAUCGCGGGAUGACGUCAUUCUCUCCCAACGGGAUUGCCGUCGGCAUGGCGGGGGGCUUUCCUCCCGCGCACCAUCUCGCGCGCGCGAGUUACGGCGCCUAUUACGGACACAUGGCCGGCAUGCAGACUCCUGCGAGUCGCCUCUUCCCAGGCUCCUCUACGGCUUCCCCUGUCACUAGCCCUCCCCCCGCCGCAUCCGCCGCCGCAUCUGCCGCCACCGCCGCCGCAGCGGGUGCGAUGGGCCCCUAUACGUUCGAUUACCCGCCCAUGCAGUGGGUGGGGAACCCGCAUAUGGGGUACCUCGCGGCGCUGCCAUCCCCGCAUCCCACGGCGCAGAUGACGCCGCAGAUGCCGCCGGGCGCGGCGGAGUUCCUGUACAUGCAGUACGCCGCGGCGCAAGGGCAGUGCGGCGCGCAGCAGUUCGCGGCGGCGGCGGCGGCGGCGGCGGCGGCCGGCCUGCCGGCAAUCAGCCCGGCCGUCAGUUCUGACGGCAGCGCUGCCGGCGCGGCGGCUAUGCACGCGAGGCUGCGCGUCGGGAAGGGGAAGAAAGCAGACGCGAAGGAGAAGCAGCAGCGGUACCGGGGGGUGCGCCAGCGGCCGUGGGGGAAAUGGGCGGCGGAGAUCCGCGAUCCCGCGCGCGGGGUGCGCCUGUGGCUGGGGACCUACGACACCGCGGAAGACGCCGCCCGCGCGUACGACGCAGCCGCGCGCGCUAUCCGUGGGGCGGAGGCGCAGACGAACUUUGCGGGGGAAGACUCCGCGGAGGGCGGAACGGGGGACGUUCUCGGUGCAGGGGCUUCCGCGGCUGGCGCAGGCGCAGGCGUGGGCGGAGCUGGCGGAAGGGCGGCGGUUUCUGGUGCAGGCAGUGCUGGUGGCGUUAUACCCGCUGUAGUGCGCACCAAGAAGAACAGCAAGGCGCACAAGUACAUGCAGGGCUAUUGCAGCGAUACCGAGAGCAUCCUCAGCGAAGUGGCCUCAGAAAUCUCAUCCUGCACUAAGUCGUCCUCCUGCAACAAUCUCUCCUCCGCGCUUUCGUCUGCCCCUUCAUCUGCCCCUUCAUCUGCCCCCACGUCACCCGAAGUCAAGACCACCUCUCCAGCCCCAGCCUCAAUCCCCUCAACCGAACCCUCCUUCUCCACCCCAUCUGCAGACUCAGACCUCCUCUUUCUCCUCCCAGAACCUCUCACACACUCUGCUUCUGCACCCGAGUUUGUCUCAUGCCACGCUGUCACCACCCCUGCAGCAGCUGCUGUCAAAGCCGAGGCAGCGGAUUUUCAGGAAUCAGGCUUGCAGGGAGCAGCAGCAGAAGAAGAGGAGGAGGAGUUUCCAGUGUCUGAGCUUGAUGCGGAGACCUUUUCUUUUGGUCUGGAUGAGGUGUGUGGCGGUGCCGGUGGCGCUGGUGGUGACGCCGGUGCUCCGUUUUGGGACCUCGACGUUCCGCCAUACCUUGAAACGAAUGAGAUUGGCCUGGACAGCAUUCUCUGGUAA